AUGUCCUCUCUCCCUCCCUCACUCCUCGCAGACUCAUCGCACUCUCCCCCCUGCUCUGCUGCUGCGCUCGAGGCAUGGCAGCAUCAACCCUCCUUCCGCGAACUCAGCCUUCACAACGACGGGGGCGAACAUUGGGCCUUUGAGGCUGACAUGGACGUCCUUUCAAGCCGCAUGGAUCUGUUGUCGACAAACAGUUCACCUCGCUCAACGAACAAGUCGGACCAUGUUGACUGGGCUGAUCCACCCGCGAUGAGCCUCGGGGCAUUCAGAGAGAGGCAGCUGAAGGCUCUUGCCUACUGUAUUGACCUCCUGUCUCAAGACGACCCUCCUACCGUCUACGGAGCAACGGGAGACAAGCUCCAUCUCUGA